UAUGGGCCUUGCUUCCUAGCUUUCUCAGAAACCAAACAAAACCCAACAAACGAGGAAAUUUCAGGAAAGGAAAGAGCUUGGUUAAGUCGCUCUCUCUCUCUUGCAAAAAUCAAGUCUUUUCCAGUGCCUCUAAGCUCACCCUUGUUAACACCUUUACUUAUUGUUUUGAAUCAGAAGUUAAUAACCUCAAACCCCUCAACUUUCCUAGAGAAAACCAAAAGGGUAGAAAGCAACUUGACCUGAUCAUUGUUAUGGUAGUGAUAUAAGGCAAAGUGGGUCUCUUUUAUGUAUUGUGUUAUUAGCUGCAUACUGAGGAAUAACAAUGGCGGGAAUAGCAAUAUUGCUAGAUCUAUACAAGAAAAGCCCAAGCUUUUGCCCUCCACAAAGCUUCCACUCUACUGGCUUCUUUUCUGCCUCCGCUGCCGCCGCAUCAGCCGCUGCUACCGUCGCUGCUGGAGCCCCUUUUGCCUCUAAGUUCCUUUUUGGUCAUCCCAAGGUUUCUCAUUGUGACGCUGCCGGGGCAUUGCCUGAAGAUUACAUCUCAAGUAUACGGAGAGCAUCUGAAGAUAUAUUUAAGAAUGAUGCUAUCAAAUACUCUGUGAAGGAGUAUAAGAUUGAGUUAAAGCCUCUUUUUUCAGCUUUUGAGUUUAGGCCAUUUGCUCUGACAACCUUGAGGUCAUUUCUGAUGUUCUAUUUGCCUCUAUUGGAGCCUGCUAUGGACACAGAAGAAGAUGAUGAUGACUUCCUGCAGGACACUCCAGAAGAGCGCCAUGUGGAUUUAGUUGUUCCCUUCAAAAAAUCAGUGAAGCAAAUAAUUCGUGAGACCACUGUUGUAACUACAAGACGGGUCCUUGAAAGACUUGCUGUCCUUUAUGUUUCACAACGCAUGGCGUGGAAACUCCUUAAAGAUGUUCCAAAAUCAGCUGCCCGGAAGUCCCAAAGGGGAAUGCUUACUACAGUGUACUUCUUCAGAGUUAGCAGAACAACUUUGAGAGGUCAUUUUCUUGGAGUUGCGGCAGCAUGGCUUGUCCAAUCUGGUAUUGAAAUCUACCGAUGCUUUUCUCGCAUAACGAACUCUGAAGAGACUGAUGGGGUCAACAUUACAGAGCAAGCUAAACUUCUUGGAAAGAAGAUUUCUGGUAUUACAAUCAGGUGUGGAGCUUCAUUGAUUUUUGCUUCCAUUGGAGCAGGGAUUGGUGCCACUUUUAUCCGUCCUUCAAUGGGUCAGUGGAUUGGCUGUGCUGUUGGAGAUUUGGCUGGGCCCAUUAUAGUAUCUGUUUGCCUCGAGAAAGCUCUUCAUGUGGACCUCUAGAGCAUUGGAUAUUACUCACUCAGCUACUUCAAAUUUCACAAUUGUACUCUAGAAACUUUUCUUAGAGAAUUUAAUGAAAUUUUACCAAUAAUACACUUUUUAUUGUAGAUUUUUGAAUCGGAAACUGCUUCUCAAGCUGCUGAUCCAAAUCUUUCCCCUUUUGGGGCAAUUCAUGUUCUCGGUUUACUAAUGAACUUUUCUAUACCCCA